CGGGCCAGAUUACAGAGAGAGAUCCCAUACCCACAUCUUUUCGAUGUGAAUUCCAAGCGCCGUCGAAGGACCGAAAGCAACGCAACCUGUGAUAGAUAACGAGCACAAACCGAGAGACAGAUAGUAAACUGCAGCUGUGAUAAAUCUUAACCGGAGACUAAUAUUUAACUUGGCAAUGACGACAUCAAGCGAUGUGGUGGCGCAGCCAGAGAGCCAGAACCUCUUGGGCGACCCAGUGUUUAGUAGUGGCUUCGUUAGAAGAGAAUUUAAUGACAGCGGAAUUGCCGAUGGCAAACUCCGCACCAUCUCGACUUCGUCUUGCGCCACGACCAUGUCAUCGGAGUCCUACCGCAUCUCUCUCGGCGUAGGGCCUCUGUGGUGGUCCGAUGUCCCUGUCCACCACAGAACAGAUCACGAUAGGGCAUCGCUCUUAACGGGCUACAGCCGCAAGUCUUCGGUCGACUCGGCUGGUGGCAGCCUGUACGAGGACAGCUCCCGGGCGUCGUCGUUGUCGUCCUCCGAGUCGGACUGCUCCGACUUGGAGUCGCAACCCGACAUCCAUUCGCUGUGCUCGGACGAUGACUGCCAGGAAGUGCUGCGCCAGAUCUUGCAGCACGACCAGCCGGUGCAGAUCACCAUCAAGCUGCACGUGACCGAGGACCAGUACACCAAUUGGAAUACGAUUCUGAACCCAGUCAACAACUUGUUGUACGUCGCCCUGCCGAAGGACCUUCCGCCGGCCGGCUCCAAGCAGACCUUCAUCUCGCUCCUGGAGUUCGCCGAGGAUAAGCUGGAGGUGGACGGCAUCGUGAUGGUCAUGCCCAAGGAUCAGCCGGACCGGGCCCGCCUCAUCGAGGCGUUCCUGUUCAUGGGCUUCGAGCCCCUGUCCAGGAAGGCACCGCAGGCACCGCCGGCCGCCAUCAACGACAACGAGAACCACUAUUUCUUGUAUAGCAUCGAGGAGUAGUUCGACGGCAAGGGGACGAUUUUCGCCACAGAAACGAUCGAGGAGAAGUUUAAUCAGCAACAAUCCAAUAUCCUGUCCGUAGUUUCCGCAAAUAACUUUUAUUAGCUCACCCUAGAUCCCCAGACCCAAUGACAUGUUGAGCCCAAUGUGUUCAGUGAAAAGCAAAUCAAUCCUUUUUAAAUCUUCGCGUUUACGUAGUCGAAAAUCGUUUGGAAAUUGUCUUUGAAGCGGCUUCAUUUAUUGGUAGACUUUCAACUAUGGCCAGCCACGUUAAGAGCCUGAUCGCAAAUUACUAUAUUAAACUAUAUCGAAAAAAAACGAAAGAAAAUGUAAAAAAAAUGUUAAAACUAGAAAAUGUCAACAAAAAAAUGUAUUAAUCCUAAGUUUAUUCGUGAAUCAAUAUUUUGUAUUUAUGUUUUCGCUUUUGUUGUAAUCACAAUAUUUCUUUUCAUGUUUUUCUAUACUCUAUACUUUAUACUUAAGCUUAUAUAUGAUGUAUCGUAAUCCCAAUUGUUUCACACUAGAAAAUAUUAUAUAUAUUUUAUUCACUUUUUGUAUGCCUAAUGCGAUAUAACGGAAAAGUAGAAAAGUUUGAGGAUAGAAAGGGAAACACAUAUUCAUAAAAGCUACUUCACAUACGCCAGCAAAAAAUCCAUAUACACACGAUAUCCAAUAUUAAUAAACUUAUUAAUCAAUAGAUUCCACACCACGCAAGCAAACGAAAGCAAUUCUUUUAUUUAUUCCACUUUGUAUAAUUUUCUUGAUUCCAAUAAUAAAACAUAUGACUUAACAAAAUUA